GCGCCUCCAUUCGGCUCCGCCGCCGCCCGCCGAGGAGGGGACAGCGACAGCCGGGAGCACGGGAGAGGGACGGACCCUCCCCCGCCGCCAACCCGCUUCCUCCUCCUUCUCCUCCACCUCCUCCUCCGCCUCCGCCUCCCGGCCGGGAAGAGCUCGCCGUGCCCGCUGCAGCCCCGCUGGAUGCACUGAGCGCUCGGGCGCGGGGAGAGAGGGGCAGGAGGGAGCCGGGAGCCCCGCCGCGGAGGCGCUGCGCUACCCGGAGCCUCACGGCCAUUUGCUUUAAUUCUUUUAUUGCCCCCCGGCCGCCUCCUCCUCUCUGCCCGCGGGAGCCAGCCGAGGCGGCGGGGGCUGCAUCCCCCCCUCCCCCCCCCCUUUUUUUUUUUUAAUUUUUUUUUAUUUUAUUUUUUAAAUUUUCAUCGCCGCCAUGGGAUGUACCCUGAGCGCUGAGGAAAGAGCCGCCCUGGAGCGGAGCAAGGCCAUCGAGAAGAACCUGAAGGAGGACGGGAUCAGCGCGGCCAAAGACGUGAAACUCCUCCUGCUCGGAGCCGGAGAGUCGGGAAAAAGCACCAUCGUGAAGCAAAUGAAGAUCAUCCAUGAGGACGGCUUCUCUGGAGAAGACGUGAAGCAGUACAAGCCAGUGGUCUACAGCAACACUAUUCAGUCACUGGCAGCUAUUGUCCGUGCCAUGGAUACCUUGGGCAUUGAGUAUGGCGAUAAGGAACGACGGGCUGAUGCCAAGAUGGUCUGUGAUGUUGUCAGUCGGAUGGAGGACACAGAGCCCUUCUCUCCAGAGCUGCUCUCAGCUAUGAUGAGGCUCUGGGCAGACUCUGGGAUCCAGGAAUGCUUCAACCGGUCCCGGGAAUAUCAACUUAACGACUCAGCCCAAUACUACCUAGACAGCUUAGAUCGAAUUGGAGCUGCAGACUACCAGCCCACCGAGCAGGACAUCCUCCGAACCAGGGUCAAAACAACUGGCAUCGUAGAAACCCAUUUCACAUUCAAAAACCUCCACUUCAGGCUCUUCGAUGUCGGGGGCCAGCGGUCAGAACGCAAGAAGUGGAUUCACUGCUUUGAGGAUGUCACAGCGAUCAUCUUCUGUGUCGCGCUGAGUGGCUACGACCAGGUGCUCCAUGAAGACGAAACCACGAACCGCAUGCACGAAUCUCUGAAGCUUUUUGACAGCAUCUGCAACAACAAAUGGUUCACAGAUACAUCUAUCAUCCUGUUUCUAAACAAGAAGGACAUAUUUGAGGAGAAAAUUAAGAAAUCACCACUGAGUAUCUGCUUUCCUGAGUACACAGGCCCCAACGCUUUCACGGAGGCGGUGGCGUACAUCCAGACUCAGUACGAGAGCAAGAACAAGUCGGCCAACAAGGAGAUCUACACUCACAUCACCUGCGCCACCGACACCAACAACAUCCAGUUCGUCUUCGACGCCGUCACGGACGUCAUCAUCGCCAACAACCUGCGGGGAUGCGGACUCUACUGAAGCACCCGCCCGGAGUGUCCUCCGCUCCCGCGGACAGGUCCUCCCUUUCCUUGUUUUCUCCUCCUCAGAAGAUGACAAGGAAGAAAUACAUAACUCCCUCCUCCUGUCCCAGAAAACUCUGAAGCAAGUUCUGCUUUCCCCAGACCCAUUUUAUUUUAUUUUGGUUCAUUUUUGGUUCAUUCCCUUGCUGCCCCGUUCUACUCCUCCGUUCCAAUUCGCAGUGUUGUGCAGGGAGCUAACGCAUUUCCCACGAAGUGCGUUUCAACUGCCAAAAGACAAAAAUACUUCAGUUUUAAAGAGAGAAAAAAAUCAAAGCCUUAAAAUACUGGUCAGGAACAGUAUAGUUUGGAACCAAAACUUUUUUUUUUGCCUUGAAAAUUAAGGGAUAUUGAUCAUUCUCCUGGUUAUCUGCCUUUUUUUUUUAAACACUAUUGCUUUGGGAAGUGCUAAAUACAACCUGAUCAUUUUGAAGGUCCCUUACAGCUCUAGUUUUGACCCCAAAGCUGGAGGGUUUGGUGUUGAAUGCAGCCACCAUAGCUUGGAUUUGUACAUUCUCCUUUUGUCCAGACAGCUAUUUGAACAAGUAAAAUAGCCAUAUCGAGUUCUGCUGGUGUCUGAGUAACAGGGACACAGUAACAAAGCCUACUAAGCCUUGUCUAAAAAAGCAUUCAUUACUGGUAGCAGUUUUACCUCAAGUUUUCCAAAAUUAAUGGUAAAAUUUAUCUAGUGGUUGUUGUAACCCAUUUCUGAGGCACUUCCCUGGAGGCCACAGGGGUGCUGGGCUGGGACCCCUGGAGUGUAGGCGGUGAAGAUGCCCCAGGAAUGGUGUCCUGAUGGGGACUCCCCACUCAGUGGCAUCCUGACAAGGAAUCCAGCCUGGGGACCUUUCCCACAGCACCUCCCAGCCUUAGUGAUUCAGCAGAGGUGAUGCUCCUGCACACACACGGCGUCACUUUCCAAACUUCAGCCUUGAAAUGCUGGGGUGCACGAAAAAUAUUUGGCUCUGGCUUCUUGUAGGCAGAGUCUGACCUUCAAGUGCCUGAGAUGGGGAAAGGUGCUUUGGAAAACCUCCCUGUGCUUGGGUGGCAGCUGUGUGCAGGAGUCUCAUGGCCCUUCAUUGCCCCCUUGGGCAUCUAAACCCCUUGAGAAGCCCAACCUUGGGCUCUGAGCCUCCUUGGCUGAGCACAAGGCAGUGGCUUUCCUGUGUCACCUCCUGCCUGAGCAUCCCAGAGAGCAGCUCCAGGGUUGGUGUCUCCAGUCAGGGCACCUCUUUACCAAUAUCUAUAUUGAGAUGGAUGGCUAACACUGGCAAGGGAGAGCUCAGGGAGCUGGUUUGAGUCAAGUGACGGAGUAGGAAGGAAAAGGGCGAGGAGAGGAAGAAGGAAGGGCAGGGGAGAGGAGUGGGAAGGGCAAGGGUAGCACCCAGCACAGCAAAACUGGGGGCUCAGAGAGGACAAAUGCAGGUGGGCUGGGGUACUUGUGGCCACCACCAAGAACUCUGGAUGCUGCUGAGUCAAAGGCAGAAGGGAAUGUGAGAGGUAGGGUGUCACCUCUGCGGACAUGGAGGGACUCUUAGAAGUCCACCCCAAAAGCUUGUCUGUUGUCUGGGUGAGACAACCACCUCUGAGGUCCCACUGGGGGCAGGUGGGCAGUGUUGAUCCCUGCCUCUUCUCUGCCUCCCUUAGAAGUCCAUUAUCUUGAAAAACAUGAAUCUUUGCAGGCUGGCCAGAAGUUCAACUGUCCUCUCUUGGGAGCCUCAUCUAGGAGUGGCUUUCAGGUCUCAGGAGGUCUCUUCAGGGCUGUGGUUGAGAGGAACAGUAUCUCUUCUCACUCUCUUAGGAGAGAUGGUGUGAGCGCAGCCCAGAGCAGCAGAGCCCAAAGGAGAGGGGCCAGGUGAGGUCAGUGUGCAGGAGGCAGUGACAGGAGCACAAAUGGUGGCACAGGAGGGAGAGGACAGUGGGAGAGGCUUAGGGAACGUUUUGGGAGAGAAGCUGCAGAAGGGAGACGAGGUAGAUUAAGACAGCAGGGAGGAUGGGAAGAGAAGGGCACCUGGGAGCCAGAGGUGAGUCCCCAUCAGGACCUGUGCUCUGCCAGGACAGUAUCUAAGGGACAUUUGUCCCACAGGGACAUCCAGCCCAGGGAUGUGAGAACCCUGAGACAAGCAGGAAAGGCAAGCAGAGGAAAACGAGGUGUCUGUCACCCAUCCAACCAGCUACAGCCCAGCAUGGCUGGUAACUCAGUAACCCCUAGAGAGAAUUAAAUGAUGUAUUUACUAUUGUACAGCAAGGAUCUGCUGCUGCUCUGCUGGGCACUAACAGCAAUAACACAACUCCCUGCCUCCCCUGCUCUGGCACAAGCAAGCACCCACCUUUCUCUUCACCAUCUCAGCCUUAAAAUGCCUCCAAUGACAUCGGCUCCUGCAAAGAGCUGGCCAGCAAAACCAGGAGCUCCUCUCUGCUCCCCGUGCCACAGCCCACCCACAAACCUGUCUGAGCCCCAGCAGUAACACCGAGCAUCCACACGGGUGUUGUGUCAAACCCAGGGCAGAAAAACCACACACAUUUGGUACCUAACGUGUAACCACUGGACCCAGAGUGAUGAGGCUGGUGCUGGCAGGGAUACAGGUCAUUUAUUAAGUUCUGUAAGAAGUCUGAUCAGAAGAGCUGGAGUUUUGGAGAUUUUCUGUUUCCACCCCUUGCUGUGAAUGAUGUUUUAUCCAAGCAAAUAAGUAACAGAAGCUGUUCCCAGGAAAGGCAGCACCACACCAAGGCUUUGUGAGCUCCCAGCAUAAAGGACACAGGAAUAUUUUGGUAAAGACAAUUUAAGUUAACUCGGCUCCAAACUGCCAAACGCAGUCAAGUGGCCAGUGCUGGCUCAGUGCACUUUUACCACUCUCCAGGCUGGAUUCAGGUAACCCAUUCCCAGCUUUGCCAGCUGGGAGGUCCAAGCCCACCUCUGCAGCUGGAGCUGGUCCCUGGCACAUUGGUAACCAUCAACAGCUGGUGCCCCAUGGGGAGAAAGAGGAGAAAAAACAGAGGAAAUGUUGCCACACAGAGCCUCUUCUUUCAUUUUCUUUGGCAUAUUGUGUGUCUAAAGCUUCAUCUCAGCUGCUGCUGCUGACAUUCCCUCCCUCACACGAGUGUCAUGAGGAUUCACUGACAAAUGCUGGGAACAGCCUUUGGAAAAUGAAAUGCUUCCAGUGUUAAACACUACUAUUUCUCCCACUUGAUGGCCGCAUAUAGAUUUGUGUCUCCAGAACGCCUGCCAAAUUAUUACUCACUGCUGGCUUCUGCAUUCUCCAAAGCCCUUCCUGACAGAUGUGCCUUCAGCAGGCAAUCUUUUGCCCCUUACUUUUUCUAAACAGCAGCAAUUCUUGCAGCAGUUGCCUAAAAAGUACCCUGAAAUACGUCUCCCGUUUUCAAAAGCCUUUUCUUAACAGCCCCUUGAGCUUUGCAAUUGCCAUGCUCUGAAUCCAGACCCUUGGAGAUCCAGAGCUGUGUUUCAUUUGCAGUCCCCACAUAGCAGGGAUGUUGCAACUUGGAGCUGCAUCAGAAAUCCUACCGGGGCAUGGAGGAUAGAUUUUAAAAGCACAAAAUUGAAACAGCUAUGUAUACACCCUGCUGCCCUGCAAAGCUAAUGUGGGAACUUGCAAAAAAAAAAAAAAAAAAAAAAAAAAAAGCCCUUUUUGGGUUGCAGAAGGUUUUUAACGACUCAGGUCACUGUUCCAGCAGCAGAAGCAUCCAAGUGCUGUCAGCAUUGACAGUAGCAUUAGCAACUCAUGAUGAGCUUCAGACAGCAGCAAAAAGAAAGAAGGAAGCUCCCUGUUGGCUUGCUCCAUAGUCAAUGAGAGGGUCAGUUUUGGAGCCAUGAGACCACAAAAAUGCAAAUAGCUUCUUUAUUUAAACAACAGUUUCAAUGAAAUAGAGAAAGCCGUUCAAGGAAAUUCUUGCAGCGCUGCCGGGCUGAGCUGCAGAGCUCCUUGGGAGGAUGCAGUAGCUGGGUUGGUUGGGAGAACGAGCAAUAACCACGCACUGGGAAAGCACGCACUAAAAUACAGCCCCAGGCUGCCAAAGGCAGUUUUUAAUCUCGCGUGUAGAAGCGCACACGGUCUGGUUUGCACGGGGGCCGGAGGAGCCCGGCGGAGCGGCAGGGCAGCGGGGACUCUGCGCGGCCAUCUGUCCCUGCCAGCACGGAGCGUCCCCGCUGCCCCGGCCUCCCGCCGUGCCUGCAUGGGCACAUCCCUCCUCCUGCCCGGCAACACUUCCAGCCCCAUCCCUCUCGGGAGUGUGGUACCGGAAUGAGCUCCUUGCCUUCAGCCAGCUUUCCUGGAUGGCCGGCCAGCCCGUCCCUCCGUGGAGGAGAGAGCAGCCUCAGGAGGAGCCUGCCACGCCUCCUCUGUUGAUGUGAUUUUGUUUUACAGGACACUAAAAGUAUUAAUGAGGGCAGACUUUAAUGUAUAUUAAAACAUAUCUGGUGGGUUUAAUCUAUCAUGGCAUGAGCCCAGCUCUUGCCUGCAAGGGAACAGACCUUGUGCUCAGUCCAGGAGUGCAAUCUCCAAGAGGUCAGGAUGUGACAUAGGAGAUGUGUUUGCCAGAAGGUCCCCGUGUGCCCAGCCUCACUGUGCAGCUCAGCAAGGCAGACAUCGCCUCUGGGGGAUUUGCAGACAGCGCUGGGAAAGGGACCAACCUGCACUGUUAGUUUGUGUGACAUGUCCCAAGCUUUUUGUGGUCACAAAGUCUCCUGGAGCCAGGGAGAGUUGCUGAGUUCCUGGGAAGAAGCUGACCAUCUGUCAAGCCAAUUAGAGAAGCUCAGUUCUAGUGGGCUUGGGUGUUUCCAUGGGUUGUCUUCAGGCUUACCACCAAAAACUCCACAACCAUUUCCAAGGAGACUAAAACACUCGUUAGUGAUCUUGACACUGGACACAUCAAGGUCAGUAGAAAUGGUGCUGCUGAGCAUCACCCUGAGCACCCACACCCAUCACUCACUUGCAUCCCCAGUGCACGCAUGAGAAAGCAGAGACUGGUCCAAGUGGCACUAAAUUGCAGACCAUGGUCUUGCCUCUACCUCCCUGCAGGAAAGAGCGGGCAAACACACCCCAAGGCUCCCUGAGACCUGAGGGUACCGUGUCAUUUCUGAGCUCCAGCACUGACACGAGAUAAUUGAUGCUGACAGAUAUAGGUACGUGACCUAUAUAGUUAUACUGAGAAUGUGGCUGUGGGAAGGGACUUUGCACAGCACCACUCAUGCCCCAGCCAGCAGCCUGGGAAAUCUUUAUUUGUGUGCAAACACAAGCAAGUUCAACCCUUAAACACUGAUGCCUUAGUGAGAGGACCAAGGCCUCCAGCUGGCACCCUGCAGGCAGAGGGAAGGGGAGCUGGAUUCAAGAAACAGCCCCAUCUCCCCAAGAGGGCAGUUCUGAUCAUGGACACGGUGCAGCAGGCACAGGGAGGAGAGACCAGGAGAAGAGGUAGAGGGGCUGGCAACUGGCUGGAUGCUCUCUGCCCCAGGCCCUCUUCCACCCAGUGUCUUGGAAAUUCAGACGCAGUCCUGACUGUAGUGCAGCCAAAGAGCUCCAGAGCUAAAGCCGCUGCUCCAAGUGGGGAGAAGAGAUCAUGGCAGGUAAAACAUCCUUUUCAGCAGUGCCUGAGUCUCACCAGCUUUUCCAGUGCUGGGCCAGCCUGGUGGUGCUGGGCAAGCAGCUAGGGUUGUUUAAGCACCAGCCAUGGCCCUGUUAAUUAGCCCAGUCCCUUAUUUGUGCUCCUCAGCCCUAUUUCCCCACCUCCUUUUUCCCACUUCAGCUCGACAAGGGAAGAGUGACCAUCACCCUGCCUCUGGGCUCCCCGCUCCCCACCACAUUUCCCAAAGGAUCGCCGGAGGCCGUCACCGUUUUCCUUUUGCUGGUUUCCCGCUGAAUCAUUUCUCCUGCAUGUUUGAUGGCCCAAACUGUAUUAACUGUAAUUUUGUACGAAGAGUGACUGUCCAUUGGUCUAAUAGAGCGUUAGUUAUUGUAAUAAUUUAUUGGCUGUUGGUAAUGUAUUUAUUAGUUACAAAAUGUUAAUAAAGUGCCAGCUCUUUUCUAGUGUGAGAGUGGUUUUAUUGUGUCUCCCUUGAGCGCGUCCAGCUUCUCAAACUUGUUAUUUAACCCUAUGGCUGCUCCACAAACACUCGCGCAACACACAGCACCAGCUGUCUGCCAGAGCGUCAUCCACCUGGAAAUAAGGAAUUUGAAAAGGAUAUAACCAAAAGAUACUUCAUUUUAUGUAAGUAUUUGGCAGGAUAUUUUUUUUCUUUGCUCGCCAGAGGCAGCAGCGGGGCAGAGCAUCCUUGCUGCCCCGCUGUUUCCUCCACCACAGCAGUUACAAAUCCUUCACAAGUCACAAGCUUUGCUUUUCCGCUCUCUGUGUGAGCGCAGUCAGAAGACCCAUUGCUGGUUCAAUUCUGAAAAUGCUGUGUUCUCCUCUUUGCAGUAGCACAAAACAUGGAGCAUCCCUCCCUCCCUUUGAAACAAUGUAUGUUUAAACUAAAGCUCUUCCAUUAUUCGGGGCAUAAUAUGGACAUAAGGAACUUGAAGAAACCAAGAGAAAAUUUUCUAUAAACCUCAGCAAAGGAAAAUGAACCACUGCUGCUAUUGACUUCACCAAGUUCCAGUGAUGUGCCUUCAGCUGGACCCGUCCUCGGGCAGGAAUUCCCACAUGGCCCAUGCCAUGAAUCAGACAGAGCUACAGACCAGCCUUGAGAAAAGCAAAUGGCUGAGGAAAAGGAUUUUACUUUGUGUAUUGAUAAUGGGGAUUUUUAAAGCUUCCUGCAGGACACCAUCCUGCUCAGAUUCUGCCUGGCUGUUCAAGACCCUGAAAUCAUCAGGGUUAUUUUGCCUGAAUGGGAAUUCUCAUUUCCCUGGCCAGAAGCUUUAUUUCAGCUGCUCUUCCACCAACACCAUCACUUCUUUAUUUAAAUAUAACACCUAUAUAAGAGAACACCAGAGAUGAAUGAGGAAAAGCCCAUCCUGAUACUCUCCAUGAAAAUCUCAAGACCAGAAAUUCUGCAAUAACCAUGAGUCAAGAAGAACCACAUCCUUUUGUGGCAGUUUCUGGUUUCCCUAUGAAUAAGGCCCUUUUUUAAUUUCAAGAUCAGGAUCAAAUUGAAGUCCCAAGGCUUUGGAAAGCGCCUGCUUGGCAUCCCCAGCUACUCUUUGUCAAGGAACCGACAGUGCAAUCGCGAAGCCUUUCAAGAUGCAAUCAGACAGCUGCUAAAUUUUGCAUGCAAAAGCUACCAUUGAAGUGGAGCUAAUAAAAUGACUCACUAAUAAAACAUUCAUGGAAAACUCCAAAAUGUGCAAUUGGGUCAUCAUUUCAUUAGCAAACAUGUGUUCUCACAAAUCUUCAGCGAGCCCAGAGCCCCCUUUGCUGCGCCUCCAAAGAAAGGGGCCGUGGGGGGACGUUGUGGGGGGAUGUGUGCUGCAGGAGGGUUCCCCACCCACUGCAGAGCCUCCCUGGUGUGUGUGUACACGCCUUUCCGUGGGAUUUCCACACGGCUUUUGUGAACAGCCGUGUCCCCGUGUGAGCUUGAGGCAGUGGAGCCACAUCUGGGGGGCUCAGCCCCCAGCAGGGGACACAGCGAGGGGCAGCAGCUUCAGACUUCCCCAAGCCCCGGGUUUGCACCAGAAGCUUUGCAAGUUCGAGCAGAAGGGAGGUGAGUACAAACAAUGAAAGGGACUCCCUGAAACAACCCCCAGAGCUGUCAGUGGACUAGCAGGGAAUGGCUUUCUGGUGAUUCUAAGAGCAAGUUAAUGAUGGAGAAAAUGCUUGGGAGCUCUUGGAGGGCCUGAUCUGUCCUGUCCAGUGGCGCCUUCACACUGAGUGCAUGCACCUGCAUGCGAACACCCUGCUCUGUGGGGCCCUGUGGCAGCCGGUGGGGCACAGGACAGCCUCACCUCACCUCCUCCUGUUCUGCUCUCUGCUCUCCACUUCUUAAGAAACUUUUGUAGCAUAGGGGAAAAAUGACUGAGUUUUGUCCACAUGUAAAUAGGGGGAAAAAAAGGAAAAAAACCCCAACAAAAUGACAGCCUUUAGAAAUUUACCCUUAUGCUCCUACCAAAGCUUUUCCAAGCUUAAAGUCUCCUUGGAGCAGCCUACAAGCCCAGAAUUCUGAGGAGAGCAGGGAAGUGGGCUGGCAGAGGCACCUGUACUGGUUACCACCAUGCAGGUUACCUCCUUGGGAUUUCUUAGGAGCAUCCCAGCCACCACAGGUGUUUUCAAAGCUGAGCUGAAGAUUUUUCCAGAGACAGAACCUGCCCCAACCUCUGGGCAAUACCUUGGCACUGGUCUCACUACAAUGACACCACUCAGUGCCAAGUACCUUCCAGGCAGCUCCAUAGGACCACGCUGGGAUGGCCAAAGCCCCCUCCGUCCCAGUCCCCAUGCCCAGUGUGUCCGAGCUGCCGGCUGAUGCUGUCUGUCCAUCCUCUAUUUGGGCUCUCCAAAGGAUGCUUCAGAGGUGCCCAGUCCCCGAAGAGAGACAGGGCCCCUUCUCUACUUCUUUUGUGAAGCAGGAGAGGAGAAAAUUAAUUUUCCUGCUCUUCCUUGAGGUUUCAAGUGUCUGCCCUGCCAAUGUGGCCCCACAUCAUGUGGGGGAGGACCAACUGCAGCCCCACACCUGCUCCGGCCUGCAGCCCAAGAGGAGCACAAUACCCCAUUUCCUCCACCUUUGUAACGAGCUCAGAUUUACCACUGUCUUAUUAUAGAGAUGUUUUUGCUUUCUAACUGUUUCAAUUCACAAAAAUGUUCUCCUCUCCUCUAACUCUCUGUCUUUGCCUUCCUCUCUCCCCUCUCCUCCCCCUGUGCU